ACCGGAUGUUAAAUUUCUCAAACCAGAAAAGCCAAAACUACCGGGAGCUGUCAUGGACAGCAAGCAUUGGGUGAGCUUAGAGUGUCAAUCAAUAUUGACUUGGUCUUAGAUGGCAUAAAGAUCCCACGUCAUUCUACUACAAAUACCUCGGCCGCUAGCAUUGCCAUUGAGAUAACAAAAGCACCCCCUCCUCAUAGCUUAAAACCUCCUGUCAAAUGGCGGCAUCGUCUCGAAAACAGCUCUCGAUGCUCCUCCUAGUUUAUGUCCUCCUCAUGCUUGUUAUGCAAGAAGUGUCUCGUCCUGCUUCAUCCAAAAGCUCUUCUUCAAUGGCCUUCGCUCUUUCAGGCAGCCAAACAAGAGAUGAGGAAGUGGCGGCGCUCCUGAAGUGGAAAUCCCAGCUCAACAGCGAGAGUCACUCUAUCUUGUCUUCGUGGAACGGAAGCGACCCUUGUUCUUGGCGCGGACUCAGUUGCGGUCCUCUUGGGAGCGUCAUCAGCUUGAACCUCUCGAGCAGUGCCAUUCGCGGUAUGCUCCACGAUCUCAAUUUCUCCUCAUUGCCCAACUUGGUCACUCUUAAACUUGACAACAACUCGCUCUUCGGGAACAUCCCCUUGAGCCUCGGCGAUCUUUCCAAGCUCGCUUACCUAGACUUGUCUCAGAACCACCUUUCUGGAGAGAUUCCAAUCCAACUCGGAUUGCUGCGGUCACUAGAAGUUUUGGAAUUGUCAUCGAACAACAUCACGGGUUCGGUCCCUGGCUCUAUAGGAAGUUUGAGUAACUUGACUGGGCUAUACGUUCAAAACAAUAACAUCUCCGGGUUCAUCCCUCAAGAAGUAGGAAUGCUCAAAUCUCUCAACCAGUUGUUCUUAUUUAACAACCGCAUUGGCGGUCGCAUUCCUUCUUCCAUUGGAAAUAUGAGCAGUUUGACGAAGUUAUGGCUGUUCAAUAAUGAUCUUGUUGGGUCCAUUCCAAUAGAAAUAGGGAUGUUGGGGUCUCUUAGCGAGCUUGAUUUAUCAAGCAAUUACCUCAGCGGAUCUAUCCCGAGAACUCUAGGAAACUUGAGUAAUUUAGGCUUUCUUUACUUUUAUGGAAACCAACUCUCUGGCCACAUACCUGAAGAAGUCGGAGGAAUGAGAUCCCUCAUGCAUUUCGAGCUUUUAGACAAUGAUCUAACAGGUUCAAUCCCGUCGUCGAUAGGGAACUUAAGCAACUUAGGCAUUCUUUAUCUUUACAGCAAUAAGCUUUCCGGUCAUAUUCCUCCCGAAAUCGGAAACCUUAGAUCUCUCUCUCAGCUUGAUCUCUACCAAAACAAUCUCACAGGUUCGAUCCCGUCGUCUAUAGGGAACUUAACCAACUUAGGCCUUCUUUCUUUUUUCAACAAUAAGCUUUCCGGUCCUAUUCCUCGCGAAAUCGGAAACCUUAGAUCUCUCUCUCAACUCGCUCUCUACAAUAAUGAUCUCACAGGAUCAAUCCCGGAAACCAUAGGAAAGUUGGGCAACUUGACUGCCUUGCUCCUCUUUGAAAACAAACUCUCCGGUUCUAUACCUUCUAGUAUCGGAAACUUAAGCAAGCUCAAUGGAUUGUACUUGUACCAAAAUAAGUUGUCGGGGUCGAUUCCGAAAGAGAUGGGAAGACUAGGAGCCCUUGUUGAUCUGUUUCUAUUUAACAAUAGCCUUGAAGGCUCUCUUCCAGUGGAGAUCAACAAUCUCACAUCCCUCACAAGCCUACAACUCGGCGAUAACCAGCUUGUCGGCCAAUUGCCACCGGAUAUAUGCAGCGGUCAUGUUCUUGUGAAUUUCACUGCAUACAACAAUCACUUCACUGGACCCCUGCCAAGAAGCCUGAAAAAUUGUACGAGUUUGUUUAGAGUUAGGCUCGAAAAGAACCAGCUAAAGGACAACAUUACUGAUGUUCUUGGCACAUACCCCUACUUGAAUUAUCUUGAGCUGAGCAAUAACGAACUUUACGGAGAGCUUCCAGCAAGAUUGGGCACGUGGAGCAAUUUGACGAGCCUGAAAAUCUCCGACAACAAAUUAUCAGGCAUGAUACCGCCUGAUCUUGGGAAGAUGACUCAAUUGCAUGUAUUACAUAUAUCUUCCAAUAAUCUUGUCGGGGAAAUUCCGAAAGAACUUGCAAAGUUGCAGUAUCUGCUAGAGCUUUGGCUGGAUGGCAACCAUCUCACUGGCGACAUUCCUCACGAAAUUGGAGCAUUGUCGGACCUUGUACAAAUUAACGUUGCGGGAAACAAGCUAAGUGGCUCAAUCCCCAGAGAGCUUGGGCAGUGUGUGAACCUUCAGUAUCUAAAUUUAAGCAGAAAUAAUCUUGAGCAGAGCAUUCCAAUGGAGAUCAGCAAUCUCCACUCUCUUCAAAGUCUCGAUCUAAGCCGAAAUUUGCUUACUGGAGAUAUACCUCAAGAUCUUGGACAAUUGCGCAAUUUGGAAACACUCAAUCUCUCACACAAUCAACUCUCGGGUUCGAUUUCACCAGCUUUUGAUCAUCUAACAGGUCUUACAUCUGUUGAUGUAUCCUAUAAUGAGUUAGAGGGUCCUUUACCAAACAUCCCAGCCUUUCAUAAUGCUACAAUCGCUACUGUAGGAGAGAACAAAGGCUUGUGCGGAGAUAUUACGGGUCUCACGCAUUGUCCAGGGACGGCGGGGAAAGGGAAAGACAGACACACAAAUUUGCUCCUCAUUUUACUCCCUACUUCUCUUUGCCUGCUUGCUUUGCUUCUUGUAGUGGGAGUUUCAUGCAUUGUGUUCAGAAGAAAAAGGGAAGGAGAGAACGGCUUGAUAGAAGCGAGCAGUGAACAUAUGUUGGAAAUAUGGAGCUACGAUGGAAGAACGGUGUACAAGAACAUUAUCGAUGCCACCGAGGAAUUCGACGCCAAAUAUUGCAUCGGCACAGGUGGACAAGGGCGUGUUUAUAAGGCCAAGUUGCGAACGGGUGAGAUUGUUGCCGUUAAAAAACUUAACCAAGCACCGGAUGUCGAAAUGGCUAGUCGAAAAGCAUUUGAAAGGGAGGUUCAUGCUUUGGUGGAAACCCGACACCGAAACAUUGUGAAGCUGUACGGAUUUUGUUCGAGCACUCGCCAUUCGUUUUUGGUUUAUGAGCAUCUUGAAUCGGGCAGCUUGGAGGAUAUCUUGAAGAACGAAGAAAGGAUAAGACUGUUCGACUGGAAUAAGAGAUUGAAUGUCGUUAAAGGUGUGGCUAAUGCUUUGUCCUACAUGCAUCAUGAAUGCUAUCCUCCGAUAAUCCAUCGUGACAUAUCGAGCAAGAAUAUUUUACUCGACGAAGAAUACGAAGCUCACGUCUCGGACUUUGGCACAGCCAAGGUUCUAAAACCUGAUUCAUCUAACUGGACUUCGUUUGCAGGCACAUUUGGAUAUGCAGCUCCAGAACUUGCCUACACGAUGGAAGUGAGCGAGAAACACGAUGUCUAUGGUUUCGGAGUCUUAGCGAUGGAAGUGAUAAUGGGAAGACAUCCGGGCAAUCUCAUAUCAACUCUCUUGUCCACAUCUCUACCAACAUCAAGUGAUUCGACAACCCCCCAUUGCUCCCUAAAAGAAGUUUUGGAUCAGAGGAUUCCAUACCCUGAAGGCGAUUUGCUAGGGGAAGUGGCUCUCACGACAAAGAUCGCAUUUUCGUGCUUGAGUCCUAAACCGGAGCAUCGUCCGAGCAUGCAACAAGUUUCUAAAGGGCUAUCAACACAUCGUUCAUCGCUGUUCAAUUCGAUAGAUAUCAUAAAAUUGGAAGAAUGAGCUAAUAUUAGAGGCUUCACUUGUUGGCAAUUCUUGUCAUGUCAGUAUAUUUGUAUCGGUUAUCCAUGUAGUUUUAUAAUGAUUUUCCAAUAUUAAUCUAAUGUGAUUGCAAAGUACUUAUUCAUUGAAAAUGAGUGAAAUGUGUCAAUUCUUCUUAGCUCGAAAUUAA